AUGGCGGGCGUGCCGCAGCUGCUGGACGCGCUGUGCGAGGCGCUGCUGCCCGCGGCGCGGGCCCGGCCGCGGGCCAAGCGGGGCCUGCGGCGCGCGGCCUACGAGGCCCUGCUGGCGGCUCUGGGCGGGGCGCGGCGGCGCGGCGGGCGCGGGGCCCUCGGCCCGGGGGCGCCCCGGACGCCGCCGCGCCUCCGCGCCCUGCUGCUGGCCUUCGAGCUGCGCGUGGCGGGGCUGCGCCGCGAGGCCGAGCGCCUGGAGGAGCUGCUGGGCGCGCUGGACGCGGCGGCGGCGCCGGGGAGCGAGCCGGGCGCGGCGCUCGAGCUGCUGGUGCUGCUGGCGGGCAGCGGCCCCCCCGCGCGCGCCCCGGCCGCGCCACGACCCCCUGGCCGGCCCCGCGCCCGCCGCCCCGCGCCCCACGCCGGCUACGACUGCGCCGCGCUCCGCGAGCGCGAGCGGGACGUGCGCGCCGCCCUGGGCCGCGACGAGCAGCGCGCCCGGGACUCGGCGCGGGCGGCGCGGCGCGCCAUGGACGCCGCCCCCGGCCGCUGCCGCGGGGACCCGCGGGCCGCCCUCUUCGGCGCCCCGGACCUGGACGUGCGCCUGGACCUGCCCCCGGUGCCCGACAGCGCCGACCUCGCCGGGCUGGCCAUCCAGGUUCCUCACAGUGUAGACCAGUCUGAAGAUGAAGGCUUCCAGUCCGCCUCCAACCUGACCCCGGACUCCCAAACAGAUCCAGGCCUGACUCCCGACAUUGACCUGUGGGAUGCUGCGCUCACCUACAAGCCCAGCAAACGGAGGUGCUGGGAGCAGAUCGGUUGCCCCCCGGGAUUCCACGAGGAGCCCUACCUCACCGAAGCGGGGAGGGACGCCUUUGACCACUUUCGCAGGCUGUACCAUGGCCAGCUCCAGGCCCUGGGGGGUGCCCUGCUGGAGACGCAGCCGCCUGUGCUGGUGACGGAGAGUGAGCUGGUGAAGGACUCGCUCAACGUCCUCAUCGGGGUGGCGUCGGCCACCUUUUCCCUCUGCCAGCUGACACAGGCCUUUGUGGUGACGCGGGGCACCCACGUCUCGGGAGCAUCGCCAGAGAGUGUCAGCAGCCUUUUGUCCGAAGUGGCGGCCUGUGGGACCCACUACACGCGCCUUAGCCACUUCUCCAUGCAAUCUGCGCUGGGUGCCUCCUGCUGCCAGGGUCUCGUCUUCCAGGCCUUCACCAGCGGCCUGCGGAGGUACCUGCAGUAUUACCGUGCCUGCGUGCUGGCCACGCCACCCACCCUGAGCCUCCUCAGCAUCGCCUUCCUGUUCAAGAAGCUGGGCCGGCAGCUCAGGUACCUGGCAGAACUGUGCGGGGUGGGCACCGUGCCCAUAGGUUCCGGUGGAGGCGAGCCCAGGGUGCCCUUCCCCACGGGGGUGAAGCUGUUGUCCUACCUGUACCAGGAGGCUUUGGACAACUGCAGCAACGAGCACUACCCCGUGCUGCUGGCCCUGCUGAAGACCAGCUGUGAGCCCUACACCAGAUUCAUCCACGAUUGGGUGUACAGCGGCGUCUUCCGAGACGUGUACGGCGAGUUCAUGAUCCAGGUGAACCCCGAGUACCUGGGCUUCCGAGACAAGUUCUACUGGACCCACGGCUACGUGCUCAUCUCCAAGGAGGUGGAGGAAUGCGUCCCUGUGUUCCUGAAGGACAUUGCCCACGAUGUGUACGUGUGUGGGAAAACCAUCAACCUACUCAAGCUCUGCUGCCCUCGGCACUACCUGUGCUGGUCUGAGGUGCCGGUGCCACGCAUCUCGGUGCUGUUCUCGCUGGAUGAGCUGCGGGAGCUGCAGAAGGACUGUGCCCUAUAUGUGGGCCGCAUGGAGCGUGUGGCGAGGCACAGCUCUGUCAGCAAGGAGCAGGAGGAACUGAGAAUGGAGAUUGCCAAACAGGAGCUGAUCGUCCAGGCGUGGGAAGCUGCGUCCAGGGUCCUGCGGGAGCUCAGUGAUCGGCAGAUGUCUGAGCGCAUGGCCCUGGAUGCCCGGAAGCGAGAGCAGUUUCAGAAACUCAAGGAGCAGUUCCUUAAGGACCAGGAGCGGCGUCGGGCAGCCCGGCAGGAGGAGCUGGAGGACGACUUCAGCUAUGCCCGGGAGCUCCGCGACCGGGAAAAGCGCUUGCGGGCCCUGGAGGAGCAGCUGGAGAGGCAGGCCAGGCAGGCGUUGGUAGAGCGUUACAGCUCGCUGUCAGCGGAGGCCGCCCAGCGGGAGCUGAGGGCGCUGUGGCGCAUCGAGAGACACCGGUUGGCGAAUGCUCGGCUGCGCUUCCUUUCCGAAGACCAGAAGCACCUGCAGGAGAUGCUGAAGGACCUGUCAGAAGGAAAGGCACCCCCCGAGCAGACAGCCCCUAGUGCACUUUCUCAGGCCUCGUUUCCAAGCGGCAGCCCGGGUUCUGAGCAGGCUGAGCCCCAGCCGGGGGCUGCCGAGGAUGGGCCCAGCAGGGUCUCAGCAGCAGCCCUGGAGUCGGACUCGGGAGUGCUCAGCAGCUCAGGGCCCCAGGCGGACCCGGGGCCAUUCUCUGAGGGCCUCAACAUUGGUGACUUCUUGCCCCCGCCUGGCGAUCCCCAGCAAUCCCCCAGUACCACUCAGGCCCUGGUUCUGGAGGAGGCACUGCAGACCAUCGGCUCGGACCUGCCGUGCUCGAGCUCCGUCACUGCAGAGUACGACUUCAGAACUGUCCUGAGGGCUUCCUCGGCCACCCUGGGACCCCUCCUAACUGUUGGGGACGGUGUUCAGGUGGGCCAGGAACCUGGUCCUGAUGCACCCCUCCCCCAGGACAGCCAGGCGCUGGGGCACUCGCUGGAGGCAGCAAAUGCCAAGGCAGGUGAGCCCGCAGGGAGAGUCCCUGCCCGGCCCCGGUGGAACGUGCUCGGACACGUGUCUGAUGCCAGUGUCAAGGUCCGGGAGCACGUGUGGGACGUGGCCCCCUUCAGGCCCCGGUGGAACGUUCACGGACAUGUGUCUGACUCCAGCAUCAAGAUCGGGGAGCACGUGUGGGACGUGGCCCCCUCCAGGCCCCGGUGGAACAUUCACGGACAUGUGUCUGACUCGAGCGUCAAGAUCGGGGAGCACAUGUGGGACGUGGCGCCCUCCAGGCCCCGGUGGAACAUUCAUGGACAUGUGUCUGACUCCAGCGUCAAGAUUGGGGAACACGUGUGGGAUGUGGCGCCCUCCAGGCCACGGUGGAACAUUCAUGGACACGUGUCUCAGUCCCAAGUCAGCCUGGGCUUGCUUCCCCAGGAAGCCCAGCCUGAAAGGCCAGUGCCCCAGGGCAGCCCCUGUGAAGAGGAAUCUCAAGGCCGAGGAGCACAGAGCCCUGGCCAGGGAAUACUCAGUCCUGACCCUGGAGCACAAAGCCCUCAAUUGAGAGCACCAAGUCCUAACCUGGGAGCCCAGAGUCCUGAUCCAGGAGCAUCGAGUUCUAACCCAGGAGCACCAAGUUCGGACCCUGGAGCACCGAGUUCGGACCCAGGAGCACUGAGCUCUGAUCCUGGAGCACCAAGUUCUGACCUAGGAGCACCGAGUCCUGACCCAGCAGCACUCAGCCCUGACCUGGGAGCACAGCCGUCCACAGGCAGUCCCUGGGCACAGGCUGCUGACCCAGAAGCCGGCCUGUUGGCUGUGUCCUCUGCUGUGGUCCAGCCGGGUGUCCUGGAAGAUGGUAUCCCCAAGGAUGCAGGGAAGACCGGGGACACUCAGGAAGGGAGUCCACUCAGCUCACAGGGAGCAGCAUCUGGGCUGGAGGACCAGGAGGAGGCGGUGGCAGCGGAGGCCCUGCGCAAAGAACAGGCCUAUGUUGUGGGCCUGGCCAACCAGUACCGCCUGGAGCAGUACCCGGACACCUUCGCGGCCAUGUCUGAGCCUCCUGUGGCCCGUCUUCUGCACCACGGCCUCCCCCGGGCCUGCACCCUUCCUGGGGGCUCCUGGGAGCAGCCUACCGAGCCUGCCGUGCAGCCGAGUGAGCUGCUGCCGCUGCCUGUGCUCAUGAAACACUCGCUCACUGCCCCGCUGGCCGCCCACAUCUCCCUGGUGAACAAGGCUGCUGUGGACUACUUCUUCGUGGAACUCCGCCUAGAGGCCCACCUGGAGGCACUGCGGCACUUUCUGUUGAUGGAGGACGGCGAGUUUGCCCAGUCCCUCAGUGACCUGCUCUUUGAGAAGCUGGGUGCGGGCCAGACGCCAGGGGAGCUGCUGACGCCACUGGUGCUUAACUCACUCCUGAGCAAAGCACUGCAGUACAGCCUGCACGGCCACGGGCCUCUGGCCCACAACCUCUCCUUCGCUCUCAAGUUCCUGCCUGAAGCUUUCGCCCCCAACGCACCCGACGUGCUGAGCUGCCUGGAGCUCAGGUACAAGGUGGACUGGCCCCUCAACCUGGUGGUGACCGAGCGCUGCCUGGGCCGCUACAGCGGCAUCUUCUCCUUCCUGCUGCAGCUCAAGCUCAUGAUGUGGACGCUCAAGGAUGUCUGCUUCCAUCUCAAGCGCACGGCGCUGCUCAGCCAGGUGGCCGGCUCGGUGCAGUUCCGCCAACUGCAGCUCUUCAAGCACGAGAUGCAGCACUUCGUCAAGGUCAUCCAGGGCUACAUCGCCAACCAGAUCCUGCACGUGACCUGGUGCGAGUUCAGGGCCCAGCUGGCCACCGUGCGUGACCUGGAGGAGAUGCAGCGUGCCCAUGCCGAGUACCUGCACAAGGCCGUGUUCAGGGGCCUGUUGACAGAGAAGGCUGCUCCGGUCAUGAACAUCAUCCACAGCCUCUUCAGCCUGGUCCUCAAGUUCCGCAGCCAGCUCAUUUCCCAGCCCUGGGGCCCUGCCCAAGGCCCUCGGGGUGCCGAGCACCCCAACUUCGCCCUCAUGCAGCAGUCCUACAACACCUUCAAGUACUACUCCCACUUCCUCUUUAAGGUGGUGUCGAAGCUGGUGAACCGGGGGUACCAGCCCCACCUGGAGGACUUCCUGCUGCGCAUCAACUUCAACAAUUACUACCAGGACUUGCGUGCCGGCCAAUAAAGUGUGCCACCCCCCACC